UGUCCAUCUAGGGCUCAUCUCAUCAGCUGUUUCACAUCUGCAGUGUAUUAGCCGUCUCAUUCCAUUACAUUGCAACAGUAGAGGCGUUCCACUAUCGGCAUGUCGCACUUGUGGGUGCUUGCCCCAAUUGAGGUCACCCUGCCUCAGAGGCUCGGAAGGGACAUAGAGUGCUUAGUAGUGGUUGGUUCACUAUCAUGAAUUCCCUAUCAUUAUUGCGAAGAAUAUUUUUGACUCUCAGCCAAUCCAGUGACGAAGCAUUUCUCCGCAUAGUACUCACCUAGCAGUGUGUUGGGCCAUCCUCUCCGAAUGUCUUCGUUCGCGGCAGCGAUUCCACACCAUGUAGGUGCUUGCUGUCCUGCCAGUUAUCACCGCCAAUAAUGUAGCUACUGUGUCAUAAUUCAGCUACAUGUUAGACUUCAUUAGCUUCGCUACCUGAACGUGAACGGGCGCUUAUAGAAUGAGCCUGGGCAGCAAGUCUCGUUCCGUCCACGAUGUUCAGCACCACCGGACCCGGAUGAGAACGCAGGAAACACUGGCCUAGCUUCCAUCGUCCGCGCCCAAAACCGUUCUGAACGCUCCUUAACCUUGCCCGACACAACACAAAGCGUCUACGAUGAUUCGUCUUCGGUUUGCUCCUUCUCCCACUGGGUCAUUACACCUCGGCGGCCUCCGUACUGCCUUGUACAACUAUCUCUUUGCCCGAAAAAACGGUGGAGAAUGGAUUCUGCGGAUUGAAGAUACAGAUACGGCGAGUUGGGCGACAACGAGAGCAGUCCCAGGGGCUGUGGACAACAUCCGAAGCGCGUUAGCAUGGGCUGGUUUAGAAUAUGACUUCGGUCCAGGAAAACACGGCCCUCACGGCCCCUACUUCCAAUCGGAGCGACUAUCUCUAUACCAUUCCUACGCGAACAAAUUACUCGAGUCUGGACGCGCCUACCGCUGCUUCUGCUCCCCGGAUAGGCUGCAAACGACGCGUGAGCGACUUGCUCGCUCAGGCUCCAACUCGACGUACGACAAGACAUGCCUCAGUCUUACUGAUGAAGAGGUCGCACGACGCGUGCGCGCAGGAGAAAAGUCUGUCAUCCGGCUGGACGAUAGCAACCUGCCCCGUCGUGCUACUCCACCUGAUCUCGUGUUCGGCAGCCUCAAGGAUGCACAUGCAUCUCUGCCUACAGACCCGGUUCUGCUCAAGUCGGAUCUGUUCCCGACCUACCACCUGGCUUCCGUUGUAGAUGACCAUGAAAUGGGAAUAACCCAUGUCUUGCGUGGGGAGGAAUGGCUUCCCUCGCUGCCUCUCCAUCUUGACCUCUACGCGUCGCUUUCACUCGAGCCGCCGCAGUUCGCACAUCUGCCUCUUUUGCUCAAUACAGAUGGAACAAAAAUGUCCAAGCGGAAAGGUGACGUUCAAGUGUUCGACUACAAGAGGCGAGGCUGGGAACCAGGGGCGAUUCUUAACUGGCUCGCGCUCGCCGGAUGGGGUCAUAUUCACGCAGAAGUGGGCGAGGCUGCUUCGAGCAAGCAAGCCCCGGACAGCACGGCCGUCAUGACGCUUCCCGAGAUGAUUCGCGAGUUCGACCUGACAGCGUUGACGCACCGUCGCACUGUUCUUGACCCGAUGAAGCUAGAGUACCUCAACAAGCAUCAUCUUAUGCGCACGAUGUCCGCAGACGAUGGCCUCACGGAGCUCGCGGAGCGCGUGCACGACACUGUAAAGGCCGCAUAUCCGCUAAGCCCGCACACCACAGUGCCGUACAUCAAGCGCGUUAUACAGUCGCUGCAGGGCCGACUCACGAACCUGCAAGAUACUCCCACAGUCGCGCCGUACUUCUUCGUUGACCCGGACCUGACAGCCGCCGAAGCGCAGACGAUGUACAAGUCGGUCGCGCCUGAGGAACGUGCGAAAAUCGUGUUUGCUGUCGUCACGCGGCUGCAGGAUUCUGAGUUACAGUGGGAUAUCACGUCGCUCAGUGCGCUCCUGCACGACGAGGUUGCCAAGCUUGGCGUGAAGUCAAAGGUUCUGAUGACGGUCGUGAGGUGCCAGCUGACGGGCAUGAAGGUAUGUAAGGCCUAGCAGUUCCGU